AUGGGCCCUGAUUCUGAAAAAUGGCUAAAGGCCGCAGAUUCCGAAAUGGAUUCCAUGUCAGAAAACCAAGUAUGGACUUUAGUUGAUUUACCUGAUGGUGUUAAAGCCAUUGAGUGUAAAUGGGUUUUCAAGAAGAAAAUCGACAUGGAUGGUAAUAUUCAGAUAUACAAAGCUAGAUUGGUGGCAAAAGGUUAUAAACAAAUUCAUGGUGUAGACUAUGAUGAAACCUAUUCCCCAGUUGCAAUGCUUAAAUCCAUUCGGAUUCUCCUAGCGACUGCCGCUUAUUAUGAUUAUGAGAUAUGGCAGAUGGACGUGAAAACAGCUUUCCUUAAUGAAAACUCGAAGAGGAUGUAUACAUGA